GCUCGGUAUAUUUUGUUGUAUUCUUAAAAAAAACGACAACUUUGUAAAAUAUUUGAAUGCUUCUCUUUUCAACGCUCAGAAACUUGGUGGAUUCAAAACUACUUAUUUGAAUAAUGGAGAGAAUGGAUUUUGAUGACAACCCAUUUGCUAACAAAACUAGAAAAAGGGAUGGUAUUGCAUUUUCAGCACAUUUUCAGUGGUGGAAGAGACCUUCUGGAGUUGCUGCAGUGUGUCUCGGCCUGCUGUGUGUCCUCUUACUGGCUGGGAUACUAGGCCUGGGCUUCUACUGGCUGUGGUACCGAACUUUACCCAGCUACACUGAGGCAGUUGAUGGAGUCAUUGGUCGUCCUUACUCAACAGAGGGAGACCAACCGGCUACAAGUCUCCACAUAAGAAAUGAAGAGAAAGAACAGCUGCAAAACAGUCUUAAAUUAUUGGCUGCAGAAAGGGACCAAUUAAAGAACAGUCUCAACUUAAGGACCACUGAAAGAGACCAGCUGCAGAGUAGCCUAAAUACAAAGACUAAGGAGAGAGACCAGCUACAGAGUAGUCUCAGUACCUUGACAAGUGAAAGAACCCAGCUGCAGAAGAAUCUCAAUACCCUAACCACUGAGAGAAAUCUGUUGCAACAGAGUCUAACCACAAAGACCAAAGAGUUGGACCAGCUGCAAAAUAAUUAUAAUACAAAGACUAAGGAGAAAGACCAGCUACAGAGUAGUCUCAGUACCAUGACAACUGAAAGAGACCAGCUGCAGCGUAGCCUUAACACAAAGACUAAGGAGAGAGACCAGAUACAGAGUAGUCUCAGUACCAUAACAACUGAAAGAGACCAGCUGCAGCGUAGCCUUAACACAAAGACUAAGGAGAGAGACCAGCUACAGAGUAGUCUCAGUACCAUGACAACUGAAAGAGACCAGCUCCAGCGUAGCCUUAACACAAAGACUAAGGAGAGAGACCAGCUACAGAGUAGUCUCAGUACCAUGACAACUGAAAGAAACCAGCUGCAGAAGAAUCUCAAUACCCUAACUACCGAGAAAAAUCAGUUGCAACAGAGUCUAACCACAAAGACCAAAGAGUGGGACCAGCUGCAAUAUAGUCUUAAUACAAAGACUAAGGAAAGAGACCAGCUACAGAGUAGUCUCAGUACCAUGACAACUGAAAGAGACCAGCUGCAGCGUAGCCUUAACACAAAGACUAAGGAGAGAGACCAGCUACAGAGUAGUCUCAGUACCAUGACUACUGAAAGAGACCAGCUGCAGCGUAGCCUUAACACUAAGACUAAGGAGAGAGACCAGCUACAGAGUAGUCUCAGUACCAUGACAACUGAAAGAAACCAGCUGCAGAAGAGUCUCAAUACCCUAAUUACCGAGAAAAAUCUGUUGCAACAGAGUCUAACCACAAAGACCAAAGAGUGGGACCAGCUGCAAAAUAGUCUUAAUACAAAGACUAAGGAAAGAGACCAGCUACAGAGUAGUCUCAGUACCAUGACAACUGAAAGAGACCAGCUGCAGCGUAGCCUGAACACAAAGACUAAGGAGAGAGACCAGCUACAGAGUAGUCUCAGUACCAUGACAACUGAAAGAGACCAGCUGCAGCGUAGCCUUAACACUAAGACUAAGGAGAGAGACCAGCUACAGAGUAGUCUCAGUACCAUGACAAGUGAAAGAAACCAGCUGCAGAAGAAUCUCAAUACCCUAACUACAGAGAAAAAUCUGUUGCAACAGAGUCUAACCACAAAGACCAAAGAGUGGGACCAGCUGCAAAAUAGUCUUAAUACAAAGACUAAGGAAAGAGACCAGCUACAGAGUAGUCUCAGUACCAUGACAACUGAAAGAGACCAGCUGCAGCGUAGCCUGAACACAAAGACUAAGGAGAGAGACAAGCUACAGAGUAGUCUCAGUACCAUGACAACUGAAAGAGACCAGCUGCAGCGUAGCCUUAACACUAAGACUAAGGAGAGAGACCAGCUACAGAGUAGUCUCAGUACCAUGACAACUGAAAGAAACCAGCUGCAGAAGAGUCUCAAUACCCUAAUUACCGAGAAAAAUCUGUUGCAACAGAGUCUAACCACAAAGACCAAAGAGUGGGACCAGCUGCAAAAUAGUCUUAAUACAAAGACUAAGGAAAGAGACCAGCUACAGAGUAGUCUCAGUACCAUGACAACUGAAAGAGACCAGCUGCAGCGUAGCCUGAACACAAAGACUAAGGAGAGAGACCAGCUACAGAGUAGUCUCAGUACCAUGACAACUGAAAGAAACAAGCUGCAGAAGAAUCUCAAUAUCCAAACCACAGAGAAAAAUCAGUUGCAACAGAGUCUAACCACAAAGACCAAAGAGAGAGACCAGCUGCAAAAUAGUCUUAAAGUAAUUACUGCUGAAAGAGAUCAACUAAAGAACAGUCUCAAUUCAAGGUCUAAAGAUAGAGACCAGGUACAGAAUAUUUUAAAUACCAUGACAACGGAGAGAGACCAGUUAAAGACCAGACUUCGUUUCUAUGAGACAUCGUGUCCGGAGGGAUGGUUGAAGUUUGACGGCAGCUGUUACUAUCUGUCCUCCACAAAGGACACAGGAGGGGCCAGUCAGCGAGCGUGUCGGGCAAUGGAUGCAGAAGACGUUAUUAUAAACAGCAGAGAAGAACAGCUAUUUAUCCAUGGACUCAGGAGGAAUGUCUGGAUUGGUAUGUUUAAAAAAGACACGAAGUGGAAAUGGGUUGAUAGUACAAAAGUUACAUCCACGUACUGGAUGCGUGGGGAACCCAGUAAUCAGGAUGACUUAAAGUGUGUGGAAAUCACACAGGCAGCAUCAGACCCACUGAAAAGUUGGAGGGCAGUGUCUUGUGGCACAAAUAUAUUUUCUGUGUGUGAAAAAGAAGCCUCAUAAUGAUUGUUAUCGUUAAUAGAGGUGGAUUGUUUAUCCUGGUGAUUCACCUGUACCAUGUUAGAAAUAGAGUUGAGAUGUCUUGUUUGACUUUGAAUACUAACAUUACACUUACAAUACUGAAAUAUAACCAAACGCCAAGGUAUUUACGUUAAGUUGUGAGUAGAUUGGUAUAUCUGGUUAAACUGAAAAGAGGCUGUGGAAUCACUAGAGGGAUAAACGAUGAGGUCAUUUUAAUAUUUUGAUUGAAUAUUUUCAGGGCUACCUUGAGUUCUAUAAAGACAAUCCCUACUCUCGCCCAUUUUAAUAUCUUCAUCUCCUUUGUCUACUAAACACACUUUUGAGACGUGAUUUUGGUUCUCUUGGAUGUCCUCUUAUGUCCAUCCUAAAACCUGCAUUCUCCCGCCUUUUUCAUGGCUUUAUAUUUCAUCCCAAAAAUGUUUGUUGCUUAGAUUAUUAACGAACUGCCUUUCAUUCAUCACACAGUUUAAACUCUGACAAAACUGCAUUGCGCAUACUUACCACAAAUGUUUAAUGUUUUGCCUUAAAAGCAGCUUAUUCUAGUAUUUUUAUAUUUUUGGGUUGAUGCACGGGUCAUCUGUUAUGGCUGAAUGAAAACUCCAUCUCACAGACACAUCCGUAUUUGCAGACACAUCCAUUAGUGGAAACGCUGAUGAGGCUAGCUAACAGCUAAACAGAAGCACUUCAUUUGUCAAUUUAGAGGAUUACAAAGCAGAGGUCGGUCCUGCCAAUCUUCGGGAGGAACGAGGAGCCAGAUUAAACCAGCUGUAACAGGAGCACCUUACUUAAAUAACUGAAAAAGCCUCACGCACGUGUUGUCAGAUAAAUAUUUGACAGUUGAAUAAGUGGAACAGAUAAACACAAUGAACACAAUGCUUUAACACUUCCAUCUGUCACCACUGACAAAACUGGUCUGUGUCCACGUUAUAAAAUUAUUGGACCGACAAGCAAGCUUCUCUUAAUAUAAGUCAAUCAUUGCUCCCUUCCUAUUGAUAUAGGCAAUCCAAAUAAUAGCUUAACGGUCAUUAACAAUAAUUGUUCUUUAUUGUUGAAUGAAAAUGCCACUUCCAAAGACACUUGCAUUGUAAGGAAGGAAUUUUAGGGACUUUAUUAAAUAAAUAAAUGAAUAGCCCAUGAAAUAAUUAAAGGGGAAAUAUAUAAUUUAAAUGAUACAGUUCCGCUCAUAAGUUUGCGUACCCAGGCAGAAAUUGUGAAAUGUUGGCAUUGAUUUUGAAUUUCCUUAACUAAAAUAUGACAGAUCAUGAUUUUAUUUAAAGUUUGUUAUCACAUAGUUGUUUGGCUCCUUUUUAAAUCAUAAUGAAUACAGAAAUCACCCAAAUGGCCCUGAUCAA